GUCCAGCAGGAUGCCGCCGCUCUUUUUAUGGAUACUGUUGGUAUCCAAUACCCAGGUUUCUUCCCUAAGCCGUGACAAUCAUGUCGUUGACUUGGAACCACAGUUUGUCAUCGUAGCUCCAGCAAGACUGAGGCUUGGAAUGAAACUGAACAUCUUACUAGAGGCACACAGCCUGUCCAAGCCAAUCACCGUCAAAGUCUUUGUCUAUACAUACCCGAGCGAAUAUGUCCUGACACAGGACUCUGCCAUCCUCAAUUCAGAAAACAGCUACAGUGCUCUCAAAACCAUUGAGAUAAAUCCAAAGCCGUUGCUUUUGAAAACGGAGAAUAAUAAAUCUGUUAAACUGGUUGCUCAAUUUGGGAGUUUCCAUAAAGCUGAGAAAUUUAUCAUGCUGUCAUUCCGCUCUGGAUAUAUCUUCAUUCAAACCGAUAAACCGGUUUACAAACCAGGAGACACAGUUCAUUACAGGGCUUUUGUAUCCAAUCCUGAAUUCCAAGCUUUCAACAGCACAAUAUCUCUUGAGAUUCAGAACCCAGAUGGUAUUGUGAUGGAUGGCAAAGCCAAUGUCAGUGCAAGCAAUGGGGUCCUAUCUGAAAGCUACACCCUCUAUACUGUGGCCAAAGAAGGAACAUGGAAAGUUGUUGCGGAGUUUGAUAAUGUUAAAGACAACACAUUCAGCAAAAUAUUUGAUGUAAAGAAAUAUGUUCUCCCACCAUUUAACAUAACUUUAACCCCAAAGAAAUCCUACUUAACCCUAGAUGAGGAAAAGUUGGAAGUAGAAGUCACAGCCAGGUAUCUUUAUGGUGAACCAGUGAAAGGUGUUGCAUUUGUGGUGUUUGGUAUUGAAAUAAAUGGUGAGAAAAAGAGAAUAACAUCUAUGAAGCAAUUGAACAAUCUAAAUGGAAAAACUGUUAGUUUGACUAUGAAGGAGAUAGAGAAGGCCUAUCCUGACACAAGCAGACUACUGGGGUCUUCUGUGUAUGUCAAAGCAUCAGUAAUUACCAGCUCAGGUACAGACGCUGUAGAAGCAAUGAAAUCCGGCAUUAAAAUAGUAAUGUCACCCUACGUGCUUUCCAUCAGGGACACGCCAAAGUAUUUCAAACCUGGCCUACCAGUAGGCAUAGUGGUUACAGUGAGUAACCAAGAUGGAUCUCCAAGCCCUAAUAUCCCGGUUGAAAUCAACUUCCUUCAAGAAACAAUCAACACACACAGCGGCACUAUCAGGGUCUCCGUCAACAUGCCUGAUGGAGACAAAACACAUAUAUUGAAGGUAAAAACAGCUCUUCCUGGUGUGAAUGCAGAAAAGCAAACUUCAGAGGAGAUGCCUAUGGUGCCAUAUAUUGGUUUUGACGGCUACAGUAAGAACUACCUGCACAUCUCAGUGGGCUCCAACAAAGUGGCGGUGGGAAACAGUCGUAUCAUCAAUGUGUACAUUAAAACCGCCUCACCAGAACACAGAAAACUUGUAAAGCAGCUGACGUAUGUUGUUUUGAACAAAGGGAAAAUAAUAAAAGCUGCCAGGGUAGAUGUAGGAUGCCAUAAUUUCACAAAUAUUCCUUUGCUGGUGACCACAGAGAUGCUACCUUCAUUCCGGCUGGUGGCGUACUAUAUGUUGCCAUGGCAACUCAAUGCAGAAGUGGUGGCAGACUCAGUGUUUGUGGAUGUGGAGGACCAGUGUGUAGGCUCACUCAGUUUAGGACCAGUGGUGGGAGAAAAACUCAGUUCAUACUCACCAGGAAGCAGCAUUACAUUUGAAGUGAAAGGAGACCCGGGGGCAAAUGUCAGCCUGGUUGCUGUGGAUAAUGCCAUCUUCCUGUUGAGUAAAAACCAUCUGACGCAGAAGAAGGUAUGGGAGGUGGUGAGUCAGGGUGAUAUGGGCUGCACCACAGGAGGAGGUAGGGAUAAUAUGGGUGUUUUCAGUGACGCAGGACUGGUGUUUUAUUCCAGCACAGGAGGAUCUACUGACUUCGGAUCAGAUAAUUGCUCCAAAGAAUCUAGAAGUAAAAGAUCGUUAAAUCAAAGAGCAACUAAAUGGCAACAAAGAAAGAAGCUGGAGAAGGUAUAUUCUGAUGAGUUCCUGCAGAGAUGUUGUAUGGAUGGCAUGAGGGAGAUUCCCAUGCCAUAUUCCUGCAAACGUCGCUCCCUCUACAUCACAGAGGACAGGAGCUGUGUGUCGGCUUUCCUUCAAUGUUGUGCAGAGUACAGUGGGGAGAGGACAACCACCUCUCCUCCACUAACCACUACAGAAAGAGAAAGUGGCCCAAUGUGUGUUCUUGGCCAAAGAGAUGCUCAGGGUCGAAUGUGUUUUCAGGGCCCAAAGGAUGCUCAGGGCCGAAGAGAUGAUCUGGGCCAAAUGGGUCCUCUUGGCCCAGCGGGUGCUCAGGACCCAAAGGGUGCUCAGGGCUCAAGAGAUGCUCGGGGCCCAAUGGGUUUCAAGGGCCCAAUGGGUCCUCUUGACUCUGUGGAUGCUCAGGACCGAAGAGAUGCUCGGGGCCAAAUGCGUUUCAAGGACCCAAUGGGUCCUCUGGGUCCAGCGGGUGCUCAGGGCUUAAGUGGUGCACCAGAGAAAACUACAAAGGCUAAUGAAUAUGCGCAUCCAUCUAGGCCGAGGGGCUUCCCCAAUCUGAAUUUAAUACUGGAAGAUCCCAGUGAAGAUGAUUUACCUGACUUGGAGGAUAUUUACACGCGCACCAAGUUCUUUGAGUCGUGGCUGUGGACUGACAUCAGAUUACCCAGUGUUCACAAGCCUGAUGGGUUGGCUGUAUAUCCAGUGAACACCACUCUUCCUGACAGUAUCACUCAGUGGGGGUUUCUAGCCAUCAGUGCUUCACCCCAGACAGGUUUCUGCGUGGCUGAACCAUAUAAUGUCAGGGCGUGGAAGCCGUUCUUCAUAGACCUGCGGCUGCCUCAUUCAGUGUCCAGAAAUGAACUUGUGGAAAUCAAAGCUGUGAUCCACAAUUACAUGAGUGAAAACCUGAAGGUAAUGGUGAUCCUGGAAAAGACAAAAGACAUGUGUAGUGUGGCAUUUAGCAGAGCUCACAGACAGCAGGUUUCGGUACCGGCUGGCUCCUCCAAGCUCAUUUCAUACACCAUCAUCCCUCUGAAAACAGGAGAGCUCCCUCUACAGGUCACAGCUGUUCCUCGUUCUUUUAUUGAACCGGAUACAGUGAGGAAGAAUCUACGUGUGGUAGUAGAAGGCAAUUGGAGAAUAAAGUCAAUGAGCUUUGUGUUGAACCCCUCUGACCAAAGAGAAAGUGGGAAACAGGUGAUAGAAGUGAAGAAAAUUGAGUUAAAAUCAAUGGUACCAAAUUCAAAACCUGGGAGAUUUAUCAGUGUGAGAGGUGAUUUGCUGGCAGACAGCAUUGAUAACUCUAUUAAGGAGGACUCUCUGGCAGCAUUGAUCCGGAUGCCCGGUGGGUGUGUGGAGCAGAACCUGGCCAGAAUCAUGCUGCCCCUCAUUGCCACCCAUUACCUGGACCGCAGUGGAAACUGGGAUGCUGUGGGAAUAGAUCGCAGAAGAGAGGCCAUCAAAUACAUCCAGACAGAUUAUGGAAAUCAACUUCGUUUUCUAAAAGAGGAUGACUCUUACCCUCCAUUUAACAAAGAAGGCACCAGCACAUGGAUCACUGCAUGUGUGGUGAAGGUCUUCUCCAUGGCAAAAUCAUUUAUUAGCAUCAGUGAGAAGCAUCUGUGUGGCCCUCUGGUUUACCUGCUCAAGAAUAAACAGCGUCCUGAUGGAUCCUUUCAAGAGGACAAUCCUGUCUAUGACACCAAUAUGACGGGAGGCCUGCGCGGCUCUGAAUACAGAGUGUCUCUGACUGCAUUCGUGCUCAUUGCUUUGGCAGAGGCACAAAAAACUGUUACCUGCCGAGAGCAAGGCCUCAGCAUACAGGGCAAUUCCAGUAAAGCAGCGGAGUAUCUAAGGCAGAAUUUCCAUCAACUGAAGAGGCCAUACACAGUGGCUAUAGCAUGCUAUGCUUUAGCAGUAUCCAACCAUGGCUGCAUGAAGAGCAUGCUGUUAAAGCUUGCCUCACCGGAUCGUACCCACUGGACUGACUCUGAUAAUCGCUUUUUCACACUGGAAGCUACUGGCUACGCAUUGUUAGCACUGAUCAAAGAAGGUCAUAUGAAGGAGGCAGUUGCCCCUUUUCAGUGGUUAAAUGAGCAACGUGACAUUGGAGGAGGGUAUGGCUCAACUCAGUCAACUAUGAUAGUACUACAAGCCCUCUCUGAGUACCUAGUAAAGAGGCCUCCUCCUUCUGAACAUACAUUAAGGGUGGAGCUACAUGUGCCUGGUGACAGAAUUACUCAGUGGAACUUCCUUCCCAAAAUGGGUCAUAAGCUUCAAACUGCUCAGGUAUCAUUUGACAAGGAAUUCAAAGUGGUGGCUACUGGGAAUGGCAAGGGAAUUUUGGAGGUAGUAACAGUGUACCAUGAGCUUCCUGACGUGUAUGAGAACAGCGCAUGUAAUGGCUUCCAUCUGGAUGUCGCCAUUGCUAAGACUAAUGGAAAUCCCCAACCAGAUGUUGAAAUGUCUUACAAACUUACUAUCAGAGUGAGGGCUCUUGAGGGAGAUCAAAGAAUGGUAAUUCUGGAUAUAGGCUUGCCCACUGGCUUUGAGCCUGAAAACUCUGACUUAGAGCAGCUUACAAAUUCAGUGGAUCGCUACAUCAGCAACUUCCAAGUGGUGGACAACCUGAGCGACAGACAAUCCCUUAUAAUUCACUUGUUUAAGGUGUCCAGUACUAAGACAGAUGUGAUCUCAUUCAGACUGCAUCAGAAAUUUAAAGUGGGACUCUUUCAGCCUUCUACUGUCACAGUUUACAAGUACUACAACAAAGAUAAAAAUUGUAGCAGGUACUACUCUCCUCCUGAAGAUAAAAAAAAACUGGAUUAUAUCUGCAAAAAUAAUGUGUGUCGCUGCUCACAGGGUAACUGCUGUGAACAAAAACCAGAAAAUAUGUAUUCUGGAAAAAACAGGUGGAAACGAAUUGCAUGCAAAGGAAGACGUUAUGGUGAAUAUCAAUUGUGGUGUGUGGUGGGGGGUUGGGCAAUAAAUUGGUUUAAUUGGGUCUUCUCUUAAGUCUACAAGGUUAAACUGAUCAGUGUAAAGAGGUGUCACUACGAUCAGUACGAGAUGAAGAUUGUCCAAAUUAUUCAAAAGGGGUCAGAAGCUGGUUUGAAAAAAAAUGACAAGAGGGUGUUUCUAUCACAUGCAAGCUGUAGGAGAGGGCUUGGUUUGAGAGAGGGUCAGGACUAUCUGAUCAUUGGACGGACUGCUGAUGUUUCACAAGCAGGGAGCACAACCAACAAGUACCUGUAUAUGCUAGGUAAGGACACAUGGGUCGAGCGCUGGCCAGCCGAGUCUGAAUGUGUUCGUGGAUCUGCUCUGAAGGUGAAAUGUGUUGAGCUGAAGAGCUUCCCAGCAGCACUGACAAAGAGUUGUUGUCAGAUUUGAGAGACGCCUCACAAAUGUUAUUCUCUAAACACUCUAAUGACAAUACUGCAUCAAAUCUGUAUUAACCCUCUCAA